AUGGCAUCUUUGCAUGGUCUCGACGAUGCUUUCGACUACGUUGUCGUCGGUGGCGGCACAGCCGGCCUGGUCGUCGCCUCAAGGCUCACUGAGGAUCAUGAGGUCCGCGUCCUGGUAGUGGAAGCUGGGUCUGAUCAGAGUGCGAACCCUUUGGUACUGACACCCGGCCUUGUGGCUGGCUUGUAUGGAAAAGAGGAGUAUGACUGGAACUUCACCUCGGUCCCUCAGGCAGGACUGAAUAAUCGUCGGAUCAAUCAGUCUCGUGGCAAGAUGCUCGGCGGAAGUUCGGGUCUGAAUUUCAUGCUGAUGCUCUACCCGACUAGGGGUGUUCUUGAUGCUUGGGGUGCUCUGGGAAAUGACGGCUGGGACUUUGAUUCUCUCGCGCCAUACUUUCGCAAGUUUGCCACCGAUCAUCCGCCUCCACAGUUGGCGAAAGACAUUGUCGGGUUGGGCUACCACGACGACGCCUUGAACGGAAAUGGUCCCCUGCAAGUUUCCUUUGGCGAGGGUUACAGCGCUAUGAACACGGCCUGGAUGAGCACCUUUGAGAAGCUCGGGCUGGGCAUGACUGGAGAUCCGCGCGGUGGCAAGGCUUUUGGGGCUUUCCAGAACCCUUGCAGCAUUGAUCCGGAGACCAAGACUCGAAGCUAUGCGGCAAACGCCUAUUACACAACUGAAGUUUCACGCAGGCCGAAUAUUGUUGUAUUGACGGAGGCUUUGGUGAAGAAAAUCAACUUCAAUACAACAAGCGGCGAUGCUGUAGCCACUGGAGUCCAGGUGGUUGCAAAGAACGGAGAAGAGAAGGAAAUCUCAGCCAAGAACGAAAUCAUUUUGGCAGCAGGAGCGCUUCAGACUCCCCAACUCCUAGAACUGUCCGGUAUUGGAGGCAGGCAACGUCUUGAACGCCACGGAAUCCCCGUCAUUGUGGACAAUCCCAACGUAGGCGAGAACAUGCAAGAUCAUCCCGUCGUUUGCCAAAGCUUCGAGGUCAGCGACGGCGUGCCCUCGGGCGAUGUUCUGCGUGAUGCCAACAUUCUGAAUGCCCUCGUCGGUCAAUACCAGGCGACCCGAGAGGGUCCAUUGGGUCAAAGCACAAUAAGUUCGGCGUAUACACCACUUGCUGAUGGCAGCGGCCUCGUCCAAAAGGAAGGGAAGACAAAUCUCUUCGAAUCUCACAAGGAUCAGAUUAAGACCUCGGCAGCUAAGCUUGUGCGCUCUCUGCUUGAAUCUCCGGACGAGCCGACCUGCCAGUAUCUCCUAUUCCCAUCCCAAAUCACGAUCAAUGACCACCCUGCGAGCAUGGCCGAGUAUAUUCUGCCGUCCCAUCCGGACAACUACAUUACGGUCAUGACGGUGCUGAACCACCCUUUCUCGCGCGGCUGCGUGCACAUCACGAGCCCUGAUUUCAAGGAAUUGCCGGCAUGGGACCCGCGAUACAACGCCAAUCCCCUGGACUUGGAGCUGCUUGCACGCAAUGUGCAAUUUGUUGAGAAAAUUGUGGGAACGGAGCCAUUUGGCGGUCUCAUCAAAGCUGGGGGCAAACGCUUGCCUGGAAUCAAGGGGAGUGAUCUGGAAAGUGCGAAGGAGAUUGUGAGGCAGCGGCAGAUCUCCAUUUUCCACGUUUCGGGAAGCUGUGCCAUGAUGCCGCGCGGGCAGGGCGGUGUCGUUGACGAGAGGCUGCGUGUCUAUGGUACAGAGAAGCUUCGCAUCGUGGAUGCUAGCAUCUUCCCCAUCGAGCCUUCAGGAAACAUACAGAGUACCGUGUAUUCUGUCGCGGAGAGGGCAGCCGACCUAAUCAAGCAGGACAGGAAUAGUGCGAAGAACUAA